CUUGCAUGCCAAGAAAAAAAAACAACUAAGAAAGAGAGGAAAUUCUUAAUUUCAAUCAAAUGGCUUCCAAAAUUAUAAUCUCCUGUAUCCUCGUUCUCAGGAUUUUCACUCUCAUGAUUUUAGCAGCUUCCAUUGCACUCACAGUCACCAACAACUUCAAGGCAGCCGGCACUAAAGUCAAAUUUAGCGACUGCAAAAGUUACUGGUAUAUACUUGCUGUGGGAGCGGCGGGUGCUCUCUACACGUUAAUUCAGUUGCCCUUUGCCAUGUAUCAUGUCGUUAAGGAGAAGAGGAUGAUCCGGGGCAAAUUUCUGCCUAAUUUUGAUUUCUAUGGGGACAAGGUAAUAAGUUUUCUCUUGGCGAGUGGAGUUGGUGUUGGAUUUAGUGCGAGUGUUGAGUUAAAAGAUACUAUUAAUUCUUUGAUGGACACUUUUGAAUUUCUAUUGGCUAACGAGAAUCUUAUAAGCCUUGAUGUAAUGGAAGAAUUUAGAACAAAAUUGAAUAAGUUUUUUGAUAGAGAGAUAAUAGCAAUUGGCAUUCUCGUGGGAGGAUUUGCUACUAUGGCUAUUCUCUCCAUUCUUUCAUCACUUAACAAGUCUGGGAAAAGCUUCUGAAAUGUUCAAACUGUACCAAA